AAUGGCUUCUUAAAGAAACAACUAAAACUUCAGUUCUUUGUUCAUUGCCGCGCAUAUGUUGGGUCCAAGAAAGACCGCAUAAUCACCCCUGUCUCUCCGAUCAGCUCCCGUGACCUCCCUAGCACAUUGGUGACACGCGGCCGAUAAACCAUGUCACGAUUCGGCGCAAAGAAGGGCAAGAAGCUCCCAGGUGCGGAGUUCACCUGGGAUACAGAGCCUGGCGGUCAACCGGACACUGCUCCUACGCCUCUUUUUCCAAAAUACACAGUUCCCCUUGCGAGAAUGCUCUCCGCUCGGGAACAGUCACAGGUCAACCUAUAUCGGGAGUUGAGAGAACGAUUCCAUGAAGGCCCGUAUUACAGCGUUCUCGGUGGAUCAGGCACAGCAGCAAAGAAGGGCAGCGCUGCUCGUGUGCACUUUGACCCUUUCCAUGGGAUGCCUUCCUAUUCGGAGAAAUACCAGAAGAAGAAGCGGACGCUUCCAAGGCUACAGGGAAGACCUUAUGUCCUGAAGUUCUUCCCACGAGAGCUCUGGCAGACUAUUCAGCCCAGCUAUAAACCAGAGGGCGGUCUUGAUGCUUCACAACGCAUUGGUCUCAAGCGUGGCUUUGAGGAUGAGGAGGAUGACGAAGAGGAAAUUUCAAAGCGCCGCAAGGCCGACGAUGAUGAAGAUGAGACCGAGGAGCGCAGACAGGCGCAUGAUGAAGAUGAGGAAGGCAAUGACCUCGAUGAAGAUGAGGAGAGGGAAGAAGAGAUCGUUGAUGAUGAUUUCUCUGAGGAUGAUGAUGAAAUGGGUGGAGAUUACAACGCAGAACAAUACUUCGAUGGUGGAGAAGACGAAGGUGAUGGUGAUGGUUUCGCAGAUGGAGGCGGUGGUGGUGAUGAGGACACAUAUUAAGCCGACUAUCUCUUUAAGAUACCCCUCUUGUUAUCUUUUCUUUCUUGUUCAACAGCGAAUCGCAUGGUCUGGCUCUGGAAAGGCGUUGCGAGUGUUAAAAUGCUGUUUUGCCCAAAUGGCUGCACACGGCGCAGUGCAGUUAACUACCUACAACAAGCACAUGGUUAAUCUCUUUCUUUGGCAUAGUAUAAAAAAAAUGGAGCGUUUGCAUAUUACAUUCUACUCUAUCGUAUAAAGAUCAUAUAGGUUUCGUUGGUGAUGGAUAGCAGCAAAUAUAUAUAUA